UCGGUACUGAUUACAAUCAAUUACAAACAUGUCUCUGCGCACUUACAGCCACCAGCUGGCUGCCCUAGACGCGAAGGCGGUGAAGGCGUGGCUUCAGGACGCCAGCUGGAAGGGCCGCGCCAACAAGAACAAUCCGCGGUUUUAUGCGGACGUGCCGGCGGACGACAGCGGGCCGUUUGCGGCCAUCCGCAAGGCUAUCAUAGACGCCAUCAACAAGGCGGAGAGGAAGAAGCGCCAGAAGGGCAAGAAGUGCGCACUCGUGAAGAUGUACGCCAUCUUUACUAAGACGGGCGGCUCCCACGCUCCCCACGGCGACGGCUCCCGCCGCGGGAUGGCCGGCUACAAGCUGCGCUACGUGAUGAAGGUGGGCGGCACGGGCAAGACGGGCCGCAUCCACCUGAAGAUGAAGGGUGAGGAGGAGAUGGCGUACGAGUACGAGGCCGCGUAUUCGAUGGACGCGGCGACCGGCUCCUCGCCCAACAAGCAUCGCGUGGCUCCCGUGGCCGCCCCCACGUGCGUGCUGGUCGCAUCCGUGUACGGCGGCGCCCUGACCCCCGCCGCCGCGGCCAAGGCCAAGAUGUCGGCGGCCAAGAAGGGCAAGAAGCACACCGCCGCCACCAAGGCCAAGAUAUCGGCGGCCAAGAAGGGCAAGAAGCACACCGCCGCCACCAAGGCCAAGAUAUCGGCGGCUAUGAAGGGCAACACCAACAGGAUGAAGAAACGUUAAACCAAGUUGCUGCUGUGCUGAACAAAGUAUUGAACGAAGACUGUACCUUACCGGGCGUUAGGCUGGGCGGCGCAAUGAAGGACUGGUACAUGUGCAGCACGCUGAAGGCGGUGGUUUGAUGGUGACGUGGAUGGCUGUGGAGACACUAGCAUAGCAGUUGUGCAUGCAGCUAUGCCCUACAAUAUUGUUAUGGACCUGGCUAAAAGAUCUGGGGCGGUUCGUUUGAUGGAUCUGGCCACGGGGACAGCGUCGUGGCGAACAGUGCAGGCAGCAGGUACUCGUGCUUACAGACGGCGUUGCAGGGACGGGCCUGUGUCGUGGAUGUUUGAGCUCGGGCAGGUUGGUCAACACGGUGCAGGCCAGGGGUUUCAGCAAAGGCCAAUUCAGGCGCGUUGGUGGUUGCAUGGUCGCGUGUUAGUCAAACGUAUGGGUACGGUAGUGUUCUGUCAAGGGAAUGCAGCAUGCAUGAGGCGAGUCUGCUGCGACGCAGACCACCAAGGGAAGGCUGUGCUCGAGGCCAACUGAGUCAGAUCGGUAACUGUGUGAACUGUGUGAAGCUGGUGUGACUUGUGUGCGGAGUGACCAAAGACGUGGAUGGACGGGUGCCCUGCUUCACCGACUUUGUCCCAUCACUGAGUGACUCAGCAGACCGUACUAGCUGUCUUGCGGUGUUUAGGUGGAGAGGUGGAACGGCUGCACUGCCAAGCCGUUAGGUGGGGGGUGUACCUAACCGAAACCUGUCUGC